UCUCAACCCAACGGCAAUCGAACCGGAAGUCCAUUCCCAUCGUCCACUUCAAGUCCGACAUCUAGCCCUCCUCCGUUCCCAACCACUAACCACGGAUAUUACUCAUACCACCAGCCAUCGUCCCCGACAAGCUCUCCCACCACGAGCUCCUCCACAGUGGGUCCAGUCAGUACGGGAACAGGUUCUCCUUCAACGGCGAGCAACGGGACUUUCUCUCAACCUAUGGGGAAUCGGACCGCGAGCCCGUUCCCGCCGCCGACCGGUCCUACCACUACGACAAGCCCAUCGGGUACCGGUGCAUUCUCUCAACCCAACGGCAAUCGAACUGGGGGUCCAUGGACGACACCGAGCGGGCCGACCACUACGUCGAGUCCCUCGGGCACAGGUUCAUUCUCUCAACCUAACGGAAAUCGAACCGGGGGACCAUGGACCACAUCGAGCCCAUGGGGUACCGGAACAUUCUCCCAGCCCGAGAGUAAUCGAACUGGGAGCCCAAUCCCGCCGAACCAUCAUUCCACUUCAUCCCCAUCCGGCACAGGUUCAUUCUCCCAGCCCAACGCAAACCGUACUGGAGGUCCAUUCCCGCACAAGCACCAUUCUUGCACCACCGCCAUCGUGAGCACGGUUACGGUGACGACGACUUCGACGGUGACACAGAACGAUUGCUCGCAGUGCGGCUGGGGAGGGUAUUAUGGUAGACCGCAAUCUUUCGGCCCUCCUGUGACAAGCUCGUCAUCUCCUUCUAGCUGAUUUUUAUUGUUGUACGACGGCGCUAGGUGGGAGGGAUGGUAGACUUGCUGGCAGUUGUGUAUUUAGUGACGAUAUCUGAGCCUUUCGCUCAUCUGAUCGUAUUGGCGCGUUGGGUAUCACAUGGACUAUGGCAAUCAUUCAGUCCGAAAAGAACGAUAGAUUGAAUUGCUCUACAG